GUACAGUUCCAUCUCCUCUACUCUCCACUCUCUUCUUCUCCGGUAAGAACUCAGAUUUGGAAUUUUUGUGUUUCGACAACCUUUUGCUUCGCUUAUUGAGAGUUAUGUAUAUGAUUUGUAUUAAAAUACUGUGGAGAGAUUUCAAUUCUCCGAUGGAAUUAUCAAAUGGAUCCAAACUCGGUGUCACAAGAUUGGAUUAAAAGAAGGAGCCAUGACAAUUCUUAUGAUGGCCACACCAUUCGCAGGUUCUCUCACUCAAUGCAAGAAAACAAAUAACCUCUCUGUUCAGAGAGCCUUUAAGGUAUCAUGUAUGCAGACACCGUUGGAGGAGCUGUACAACGUUAAAGUGGAACGGAAAGUGUCACAGAGACGGUUAGAUGAGCUCGGGGUUUCGAGAUGGUCGGUUUGGAAGACUGGCAAAUGCAAACUCCCAUGGGACUGGCAGGUGGAUCAGUUGGUUUACAUUGAAGAAGGAGAGGUUCGUGUUGUUCCCGAAGGCAGCAAGAGGUUUAUGCAGUUUUUGGCUGGAGAUCUUGUUCGGUACCCAAAAUGGUUAGAGGCUGAUCUUUUCUUCAACGCUCCUUACCGCGAACGCUAUUGCUUCAAGGCCUAUGGUGAUGAUGAUUGAUUCAAAAUUAGAGUUUAGAGGCAAUAAAGUUUCCGCUUGUGUUUGUGUUGUUGUAGCCUUAUGGAUCUUUUUUGGGAUGAUAAUAUAACAAAACAAUUUCUCCUCUUCCUCAGAAA